AUAAGAAAAACUUGAAAUAAUGAAAUAUAUAACAAAAAACAAUGAAAAAUGCAUAUUAUUAAGGUAUUAUAUUGCCUUAAAGCACAGGUUUAACGACAGACAGCUCUUCAGUAAUGGUUUAAAUUAUGUUUCUUUAUUGACGCCAGGCAAUGGUCUGUGGUUUCUGGUAAAAACCACACAAAAAACGGAAGUGAAAUAACCGUGUAACCGUUUUGUUUACGCUAACAACCGUUACUACAGAAAAUCUUAGUAUAAAAGUGUGAAAUCUCCUGGGAAACAACACAGAGAUAACAAACACAGGAGGAAAGCAUAUAUAGGCUUGUGGUACCAUUUUCAUUUCUAACGUCUUCCAGUUCGCAAAAAUGUCGCACUUAGAGACAUCACACUACUUAACGAACUCUACAUUCAAUCCUCCUCCAUUCCUGGGUACGAGUGAUCAAUACAAGACAACGUAUAUCAAUGAUUACAGUCGUUUUGGACCUCAAGUUAACUCUUCGGCUAACCCAGCUCCUCCGUUCCUCACGGGAUCUUCAAGUGGCUUCCCAGUUGGUACUGCUUUGCAUGCAACAACUCCUAUAACUUCCCUACCAACUUCAAGUUUUGUUCACAAAAAUUCAAUGUAUACUCCUAACCAAUGGAGGACAUCCAACACGCACAAUGUUAGCAACGGUGAAAAGGAACGAGCCACAGCAGAACGGCUGAGAGAUGAAUGCGCCCGACUGCGUACAGAAACUGCCAUAAGAACCAACCGUACUCAACUUGAUGUGAACAACAAGUUAGAUGGCAGGAUCACUGAUGUCAACUUCUGGAAAGAAGAAUUAAAUCGAGAGCACAGAGAAAUCGUUGAAGAAAUUAAGAUGCUACAACAGUUCAUUGGUCGUUUGGAGAGAGCGUUAGCAGCCACUGAACAACCGCUUAAUGUGACAAGACAGAAUUUGGACUACCGGACAAGACGUGUGAAAAUUGACUUGGUGUUUGAUCAUGUUGAGGAAAUAUUAAACAAGGAAAUAAAGACCAUUGAAGAUUUCCAAGCACUUUUAAGAAAAACAUUGGAACAAGCAAUGAAUAUGCUCUGGACAUUGAGAAACAUCAAGACGAUGUUGGAAAAUGACAUUUCUGGCAAGUUCACGGCAUUGUCCAUAGAUACUCAUGCUCGCGGCCUAAACAAUCAUUCCAAAGGAUUAUAUUAUGCACCUCAUGCUGUUUGUAUUCAACCUAACUCGUCUACGGUUGAUGAAUGGGAAGCCUUCUCUACCAACAAUAUCGCAAAGGCAGAACGUGAACGCAAAGCAUCUGUAGCACUACGAAGCGAAAUCAACAGCAUCUUAAUGCAAAGUUUUGCUGAUCUCCGUGGCUUGUAUGAGAAUGUUAAUAACAUGUUUGAUAAACGUAUUGAAGAAACAAUGGAAGCGAAGAGGAAACUUGAACGUGAACUAGCAAGGGUAAUUGAUGAAAUGAACGCGAUGCAAAACAACAUUGAUAACCUUAAGAUGGCGAUCGCAGAGAAAGAAAAUCCUCUUAAGCUUGCCCAUACUCGCUUGGAUAAACGUUCACGUAGACCUGGUAUCGAGUUAUGUGCUGAUGCUCCCCAGUAUCGUCUUGUGUCUGAGGUGGGUGAGAUCAAUGCAUCGGUAGAUCGGCUGAGACAGCGUAUGGCUGAAUCACAACGACAACUGGAGAAUCUCUCUCAACAGAAAGCCACUUUGGAAGAUGAUAUCAAUACAAAAGCCAACACAAUAUUCCUAGACCGUGAUCAGUGUAUGACCAUCAGGAAACAAGUUAGACAUAUUCAACACUGA